AUGGUUUUCAUGCUGAACCAAUUUUUGACAAUCAUUCAAGUCCAAGCAGAUUCUGCAGAAUCCAGCACUGCUUCAGAAAACGUCCAUGUUAUCAUACGAGAAGAAGCCAAUAAUUCUGAAAGUUCUCGAGUCAACUCCGGUCAAGAAAACAUGGAUAUAAGAGGAGUCGUUCAUUUCAAUUCAAUACCACAACAACACAAUAGCGAUGAUAAAGGUCGUAUAAAGUUGGAGAAAUAUACAAGGGCUCUGACUAAGAUGAAUGAGAAGCUUAAUCAAAUGAUUUGGAAGGAGCUUAUUGAUAAUAUUAAUAAUAACAAUAAUAAUAAUGAGUACAUGAUUUGGCAGCAUUCCUACAAAAUCACUGGGAUGGAGAAAGUUAUAGAAGGCCUAAACAAAAUUGUGAGGAAGAUGGUGAAGGCUGGGUUUAAAACACAGUCUUGGGAAGUGUACAACAUUUUCCGAAACAAUUUCUUGAACAUGUGCCUAUGUAGACUUGGAUUGCAGGAUGUCAAUUUGUAUGACUUUGAGAAUAAGAGUAUUCAGAGUUUGGUUAACGCUUUUUACAUGACUCUGAGAAUACUUCUUCCUAAUGAGAGAAGAAUUUGGGGCCGCGUCUUUUCUGGGUUCUCUCUUGACUGUUGCAUUUUUUCCAAGUCAGAAUGGAGGAGAGUGGAAAUUGAGUUGUGGACAAAACUAUUAGUGUCAGAGACGCAUAGUUGCUACAAUAGGUUGAAGGAUACUUUUCUCGGUUGUGAGGUUCAUCCCUUUACUCAUGAAGUUAUGAAUUGCAUCCGCAAUGUUUCUGAAGAUCACGAUAAUGCAGCUAAUUUCCAGAUCCAUGAACUGAUACAACUAUUACAUAGUAAUUUGGUUGCAAAAUCAAAAAACUGUACAGACCCUGCUUUAAGGAACCUUUUCAUGUUGAAUAACAAUAGGUACAUAGAAUUGGUGGCAAGAUAUGGUCCCUUGAAAACCCUUUUGAGCGAAGAGUGGACUCAAAAGCAAACAUCAAGAGUACACAGAAACAUUAGAAAGUAUACAGGAUGCUCAUGGAAUAAGGUUCUUAACUUAAUAAAGAAAAGUGAGUCAAUGGCCCCUAAUGUAGAAUCAAUGAGAUUGUUCAAUAUCUACUUUUCAGAUAUAUGCAAGCUUCAGAAUUGUUUUAUUGCUGAUAAGGGUAUAAGGGAAUCAAUGCAAAGGUCCGUGAAUAAGAUUUUAUUGCCACAGUAUGAAAAAUUCAUUGGUAGGUUCAAAGAUGUUCAUGGGAAGGAUGUUGUUGAUAUGUAUGUUAAGUACGGAAUGUCAGACAUUGAAGAUGGUCUCUAUUAUUUCUUUCAUGGAAGUGAUUUGGAGAAGAGGAAAUCGUUCAUGGCCGCUCACAGUCACAAUGUAGUCAACAGGUUCCUUGCUAGUGUGCAGCCACAAAGAUAA